AUGGAGGAUCCUAGUAUCUAUCGGAGCACCAUCAGAGCUCUUCAAUACUUGACCAUUACCAGGCCUGACAUUUCUUACAUUGUAUCUAAGUUGAGCCAAUUUUUACAAGAUCCUAUUGUCACUCAUUGGAAAGCUUAUAAAAGAGUACUUAGAUAUCUAAAAGACACUAUUACUUAUGGUAUCUAUUUCAGACCUGGAAACUCAUGCACACUCACUCUACAGGGCUUUACUGAUGCAGAUUGGGCUAGCUGUCCAGAUGAUAGAAAGUCAACAGGAGCCUAUUGCAUGUAUUUGGGUUUGAACUUAGUAUCGUGGAGCUCCAAGAAACAACAUGUCAUUGCUCGUUCGAGUACCGAAUUAGAGUACCAUGCAUUGGCUAACGCUGCUACUGAAAUGGUUUGGCUCAAAGCUCUGCUGAAGGAAAUGAAUAUACCAGUUCAACGGCCACCAAUUAUUUGGUGUGAUAACAUUGGAGCUGCAUUACUAGCUGCCAACCUAGUUUAUCAUGCUUGUACUAAGAACAUAGAGAUAGAUGUGCAUUUUGUGAGAGAUAUGGUUCUGAAAAAAUUGAUUGACAUUCAAUAUGUGCCAACACAAGACCAAGUGGCAGAUGUUCUCACUGAAGGGCUAUCUGUGGAGAGGUUUCUAAAGUUCAGGAACAAGCUUAAGGUGGUGAGUUCACCUUUUCGCUUGAGGGAGAAUGUUGAGCCAUCUUUUAUAUCAGAUUCCCAAAGCUUCAGUGAGCAUGAGAGAGGCGUGAGUUAG